UAUAGUAUUUACGUACGUGCCUAGUUAGUUUAAUCUUUUAGGGGGUCAGUCAGCAACAAGGCCCAUCACGUUAUUUGUCACAACGACAUUUAAUCGCAGCCGUUAAGUUUUUAUCAAUUGGGCAAAUUUAGUUUUUUGUCUCUACUGAGAAACGUCUGAAAAUGCGAUAAGUAUGUUUGUGCGAACAGUGCCCGGUGAUUGUUCCAUAUAUAUUCGGAACUUGGAGCAUCGUCUUCAAUCGGUCUGUGCUCGUAAGAUCACACACGACGUGCCGGGUGUUGUUUAGCAAGUUCAUAGUUAACAGUUUAGUUAACCGAAUUUUUAAACGUAACACAUCGAUAUCACAGUCGUAAUGGCAUCAAUGGCAUUAAAGUCCGUAUUGGUGGUGGCACUGGCAUGCAUCCUCCACUGCGAAGGAGCUGCCUUGCCGCACGACCAGGCCAGCAGACCGGUGGUCGGUAUCCUCGCCCAAGAACAACCUUUAUACCUGAGGAAUAGGUUCUCGGAAGAAAAUUACACGAGUUUCAUAGCAGCCAGCUAUGUGAAGAACUUGCAGUUUUCUGGAGCGAACGUCAUUCCUAUACCUAUUGGAAGAGACCGUCAAUUUUAUAAGGAGUUGAUGCAGAAAAUAAAUGGUGUAAUUCUUCCGGGUGGGGAGGCGCCUUUGAGGAGAUCUCAAAUCAACGGCUACGCAGACGCGGGCCAGCACAUCUACGAGCUGGCAAUGGAGAUGAACGACGCUGGAGACUACUUCCCCAUAUUCGGCGAAUGUUUGGGACUCCAGUUCUUGAUCGUCGUAGCUUCAGGACGAGGCGAGCCGCAAAACAAAAUGAGGUGUCACGGUUUCGGCAAUUUCCCCAUUUAUUAUGCUGAUGGUUUCAGAAACAGCAAGCUGUUCGCUGGGGCUUCUGAUGACGUGCUCGACAUCCUGAAGAACGAGGCUGUUACUGUUAACGCUCAUAAGUUUUGCAUCACAGAUGAGAACCUUAAAGCCUUCAAUCUGACAAAAGACUGGCUGGUGUCCUCAUACUCCGACGAUAUCUACGGAGCCAAGUUUAUUGCUUCGAUUGAACACACCAGGUAUCCAUUCUACGCGCUCCAAUUCCACCCUGAGAAAAUUUUCUUCGAGUGGAAGCUGCAGAGAGGGUAUCCUCGCACAGAAACCGCGAUGAGGGCAAGCAAAUACUUCAUGGACUUCUUCGUCAGUGAAUGCAGGAAAAACACCCACUCCUUCAUAAACGCUGACGAAGAAAGGUCGUACCUUAUUGACAACUACAAACCUACUUUCACAGGGGAUUUGAGGAUACAUUACGAGUCCUACUUCUUUGAUCCGAGGGGAGAUGUUAAGAACGCCAACCACUUCUGAAUAGGUAUUUAACAAAUUCUACACCUGAAAAUGUAUUAUUGUAUUAUAAUGUCUGUUAUUGUUUUUGACACCCAACCCUUUAUCAAGCUUAUGAUUUGUUGAACCUUAUUUCAUCUCAAUAAAGUUCAAAUGGUUGGUAACUUAGUUACCACUAGGUAAAGGGUUAAGAACUGAUUCCUGAUAACCUCAUUUGUUAAAAAUAUGCAUUUAUUUUUAUGACAUGACAUUGAUAUGUUAGCAGAAAAAUAGCUAGGUAGUUUAGCAAUGUAUAAUUUAAGUAGGUAUUCUAAUAAAAAUGUUAUAUGCUCACAUAAGUUAUUGGCUGAGCUAGAUAAAUCCAAUUAAAAAAAAUGUUUUAUGAAUAACGAGAUCUAUAUA